GGCCGCGGGCGGAGCUCGAUCGGCGGCGCUCGGAGCUCCCGGGCCCCCGCCCCUGCCCCUCCUUCCCCGGAGCCCCCAGCGGCCGCCGCCGUAAAGCCCCGCGCUGCGCGAGCAGCUGCCAAGGGCCAAGGGAUGAGUGGGGGCCCACCUUCCCAAUGGCAUCUCCCCCUGGUCUGGAACUGAAGACACUGAGUAAUGGCCCCCAGAUCCCAAGGAGACCAGCUCCUCUGGGCCCGGCGGCUGCGUCCAGGGAGGGUGUGGAGAACGUCUGCUUUUCCUCAGAGGAGCACGAGACCCAUUUCCAGAACCCAAGGGACACCAGACUGGGUAGAUCCCCCAGUCCCCCAGCAGGGAGCUCCUCACGGCCCCGAUCCCAGCGAUCCCAGCGGGACGAUCUAUCCCUGCGAUCUGAAGAGGGGCCGGGCCUGGAGCCUGUGAGCCGCCCAGUGGAUUACGGCUUUGUUUCUGCUCUGGUUUUUCUGGUGAGUGGGAUCCUCCUGGUGGUGACAGCGUACGCCAUCCCCCGUGAGGCCCGCGUCAACCCUGACACAGUGACGGCGCGGGAGAUGGAACGACUAGAGAUGUACUAUGCCCGCUUGGGCUCCCACCUAGACAAGUGCAUCAUCGCGGGCCUGGGGCUGCUCACCGUGGGCGGCAUGCUUUUGUCAGUGCUGCUGAUGGUCUCCCUGUGCAAGGGGGAGCUGUACCGCCGGCCCACCUUCGUCCCUGGCAGGGGCUCCCGGAAGACCUAUGGCUCCAUUAACUUGCGCAUGAGACAGCUCAAUGGGGAAGGGGGCCAGGCGCUGGUGGAGAAUGAGGUUGUCCAGGUCUCAGAAACCAGCCAUACCCUCCAGGGCUCUUAAGUAAGAGCCCACCCUGUCUGGCUGCUUUGGCUUCAGGGCUGCGAGGCCCCCUGAGAGCCUGGGGUUGCAGACUUAGCUCCACAGAGGGCCCUGCAGGAGGGGCCUUGGGUGCUGGAGGGGGAGUCCUGGGGCCAGAUCCAGGUGGCAGGUGGGAGAGCGCCCCCCGCCCCCCAAUCUGUUGGCAGCUUGAGGUUUUGCAUUAUUUGGAGGAUGGCUUCUGCUGCUAAAAAUACAAAAGUUUGGAAACCACUGCCCAUGGAGGAUGAGGUUUCUUGGCGUUUCCAAGGAUUGAGAGCCAUCUGAAAGGCUGCCCCUCCUGUUCCCCAUGCCUUGGGGAAUUUUGGAAUCUCUGUGGUCCUCAUCAGCCAAGUGCGGGUUGUUGGGUGACCUUGGAGGGACCCCCUUUUAGCCCUGACCGUCUCUUGGGAGAUGGCUUACCGACGAGAGGAGAAAUCAGUACUGAGGUGACCGUCCUCUCUCCAGGUCUCAGUCCCCGACCUGUGAAGUGAGAGCGUUGGGCUUAAUGAUCCCCAGGGCCCCUCCAGUUCUGCCCAAGGAAUGGGAGCCCAGUAGAUCUCUGCCUCUGGCCACUUCUACAGGAAAGAGGGUGUUCAGCAGCCACUCACCAUUCUUUGUGCCAUUUUCUGGUCUGGCUCCAGUGACCACCACUGUCACACAUGCAGCAGCUCACAUGAUCCUGCCGGGGAGCCUCUUAAGUCCCCUGGUUAGGCAGGGUUCAAGUCCAAAAUUGGCUACAGCCUGAUUUGGAUCUUGGGAUUGAAUUACCUACAGUGACCAGAUCUUAGCACACGUCUAGCAAGGUCAAGUGCAUAGUUUUCACCAACCCUCCUGAUAGGAGGGCUUUGUUGUAUUUCCGUGGACAUGAUGUGGGCUUCCAGUAUCUCCCCCUUCUUAAUAUUAUGUCUCCAUGCCUCGCCUUCUCAAUAGUAUGUCUCCAUGCCUCACCUUA